UGACAAAAACAGCUUCGCCUUUCAUAUCUCAGCUCUUCCCCUCAUCGCCUUUCAUUGCUCAUAUGCUCUCUGCCUGGAGCUCACGCCGUUACCGGAUAUUUAGUCGACGGGCAACCGUUUCGCCUCAUUUCGCUUCUUUUUAACCCAUUUCACAAAGCCUGGAAUGACCGCACCAUAUUUUGGAAAGUUUAAAAAAUCUAUAGUAUUUAAAAACUGAAGGCCUGCCUGUUGCUUUUGGGGGUAAUGUAUUCUCGGUUAGUGGCAUGAAACGCAGAGGCGACUCCUCUGGUUUUUACAAAGGAGCGGUGGUUUCCUCAGGUGUCAGCAGCAGGCUGUCCUCCCUCCGGGCACAUCACCGAACACCGAGUGGCGACAACACCCGCUAGUAGCCUUUAAAUCCUCGGGGAAGGAGGAGGGGAAACCCAGCCACCAUGGCGAGCGACGACUGUACGAAAGAUGACUUGCAGGAGGAAAACCGCACAGACUCGGCCAUUGACUCGUACCGCUCCAUAUUGAAGUCGGAGGAGCCGCGGGAGACGAGCCCCGACUUAAGCGAGCCGACGGACAAGUUUUCCACCACGGAGGAGCGCCUGGAUUCAGCCUACGGCUCAUCGUCCCUCACCGUGGAUAGCCUGUCAGAGAUAGUGGAGAGCUUCACGCUUUCCAGCGCCGAAGAGGAGCAAGCAGAGAGUUCUGAGCUCUCUGAACAGGAUGAGAACUUUCUCACAACUAUUACUGAAGAUGGAGACACAAUCCUGCACCUAGCAAUCAUCCAUGAAGAAGAAUUAAUCACUCAACAGUUGAUACAGCUAUUCCCAAAAGAAGUCCUGGACAUCCAAAACAAUUUAUACCAGAGCCCCUUACACCUGGCCACCUACCUGGACCUGACAGAUGUAGUGAAGAGCCUGGUGGAGAAAGGGGCCAGUCUGAAGCUGCAGGACCAGGAUGGUAACACAGCACUCCAUGUGGCCUGCCAGCAUGGACAGACAAAGUGUGCCACCGAGAUGACCCGAGAGGUUUCCCCCAGCAAGCUGGCGCCAAUCGUGGAAACAAAGAACUGGAGAGGUCUCGCCUGUCUUCACUUGGCUGCACUGAACAGGCAACAUCAGAUGAUGAAGCUCUUGAUGAAAAAGGGAGCAGACCUGAAUAUCCAGGAGGGAACCAGUGGCAAAACAGCUCUUCAUCUUGCUGUCGAGCUGCACGACGUCACGUCAGUGAAGUUGCUGCUCAACAGGGGAGCCAACGUGGAUGCUGCCAUGUUUAACGGUUGCACACCCUUGCAUCUGGCAGUGGGGAGGCAGGAUGCCACCAUUGCCAACCUCCUUUUUCAAUCCGGUGCUGACAUAAUGCUGCGAAACAUGGAGGACGAGACGGCGCUGGAUCUGGCAGAUGGCAAUUAUGAUAUUUUGGCUCUAUUUCCAUUUGACGACAUCCAAAUCUCCGGGAGGUCGGUGGUUGGCAUGAACUUUUGAACUGGAUGGUGCAGCUGAAUCGCAGGCUGAACAACCACCUUGAAAUCGUCUGGAGGCUUACUGCAGCUAGAACCUUCGUUAGAAAGCUGUAUUUGAGCUGAAUUUUCAGUAAUUAGUGCAUCUAAUUAUAGUACGUUCUGAUUUAAUCUGUAUUUAUAUAUUAUAUAGACAAAUAUGCGCAAUCUUCCUUCCCUCUGGCAAAGAGUGAUUCUGCUUAUCGACUCUUACUUGAACACAAUACAAAAUUCACUGUUUCCGAGUUGUUGGCUCAAAUAUUCUGCCUUUUCCUGCAUGCAUUUGAAGGGUUAUUAUUUCACAAAAAAAGCCACCUCACUGUGAGUGCCAAACUUUCAAUCAACAUUUACAAUGUCCUUAAAACUCUUAAAAAUCUACCUCUUUGUCACAUCAGCCCAGUUUUAAUGGCAAGAAAUUCAACAUUCAAAUUGCUUCGUUUUACAGUUUAAUCAGUGCUUUCAUGGCUUUUGGAUUGUAACGGAAUUGCAAUUUUUGUCUUGUGUUUAUAUCUCAAAAAAAAAAAAAAGGCGGCUUUCCAUUGCAACCACAGUGAGGCUUUUUGAGGAGCGCAUUUAAAAUGAAUGUACAAUUUACUAAAUGGAAAAUGUAAUCCUAAAUCUUUCUUUCAAAGAGACUUGCAAUCCUAAAAAAAAAGAUAAACUGAUCACAUCCCUGCUUUUUGUUAAGUGAACUACAAGCCCACAUAAAAAUGUAAUAUAUAACACAAAACAUAGCUUAAUCUCUUUGAUUGUUAGGUUUGCUGCUUCGUGUUUUCUCUAUUUAAAUGUUUUGCCUUGAUCUGCAGACUGUUACUGUUGAUGUUGGUGUGGAUUUUCACUGGCUUGUCUGGUUAAUAUAAGCAAUUCUGAGCUCGUCUAUUUUGUAAUAAAAUGAAAAAAAAAAAAAACCUCA